AUGAGACUUUGUAUUGACUAUAGUCAAUUGAACAAAGUGACCAUCAAGAACAAGUACCUUCUCCCAAGUAUUGAUGACUUGUUUGAUCAAUUACAAAGGGCCAAGUGUUUUUCUAAGAUUGAUAUGAGAUCGGGGUACCACUCGUUAAGGAUUAGAGCUGGUGACAUACCUAAUACUGCUUUUCACACAAGGUAUGGUCGUUAUGAGUUUUUGGUUAUGUCAUUUGGUUUAACUAAUGUCCCUACAACUUUUAUGGAUGUGAUGAACAGGGUAUUCAGACCCUACUUGGAUAAAUUUGUAGUUGUAUUCAUUAAUGAUAUCUUGAUAUACUCAAGGGGUAGAGAUGAACAUGAGCAACAUUUGAGGAUCGUGCUACAUACUUUAAGGGAACACCAAUUAUAUGCCAAGUUCCCUAAGUUUGAGAGGAGAUCAUUGGUGCAAGGUAUGCUCGAGUUGGGUGAUAUGGGCAUCCAAUUUGAGGUUGAUGAUAUUGAGGCAUUGUUAGUCCACUUUAAAGUGAGAUCGAUGUUGAUGGAUCUCAUUAAGGAAGCCAAAGACAAGGAUGAUUUUGUGGCUAAGGCUUUGGAGGAACCUUAA